AUGCGCCGUGCAGCUGCAUCCUCACUUCCCCUCCGCAGAGUGGGCGCAUCGCUCAACGGCUCUGCCGCCCCAACCCGAGGCAUCACAGAGCAGGCCGUCAACCGACGCUCCCUUUGCACAACUUGCCUUGCUAAUAGACACAACACAAGCGCUGGAAGGUUGCGUCCGUUACCGAGUAUCCUUACGCAACAAACCAGAAAUGGGGGCCAGAGGAGGACGGCUUCGGCGGUAGCGACAGCAACAGAGGGAAACAGGGGUAGGGAGCCAGAAUCGCGAAAACAGUUUGGUGGCGCAAGGGGGGCUAAUGAGAAGGCAGCUGCAAAAGAUGAACACGGCCCGAUACAAGAAUACGACCGCCGAGUCGACAACGGCAUUUUGCGCAACGACGAGCAUCAGAGGGGCAACCUCCAGCACCUCCACGACGAGCUGGUCAACUACCAUGCGCCCGAAGUGAAGCAGCCGACUCUCGAGUCCAUCAAGCCCGCAAAGUCAAUGUUCGGAUCCUGGUUCGGCGGGGGAAAGGCUGCCGAGGCUGCGAUAGGAGCGAUCCCGAGUAACUUGCCCCGCGGACUGUACCUCUUUGGCGAUGUCGGUAGCGGCAAGACGAUGCUCAUGGAUCUGUUUUACGACACGCUGCCGAGCUCCGUCAAGACCAAGACGCGCAUCCACUUCCACAACUUCAUGCAGGAUGUCCACAAGCGGCUACACAAGAUGAAGAUGCAGCACGGCAACGACGUCGACGCCGUUCCCUUUGUGGCAGCGCAGAUCGCGGCGCAGGGCAACGUUCUCUGUUUCGACGAGUUUCAGUGUACCGACGUGGCAGACGCCAUGAUUCUGAGAAGGCUACUAGAAGCGCUCAUGUCACAUGGCGUCGUACUGGUCACGACAUCGAACCGACACCCCGACGAACUCUACAAGAACGGCAUCCAGCGAGAAUCCUUCAUCCCCGCGAUCAAGCUGCUCAAGAGCAGGCUCCACGUCAUCAACCUGGACUCCCCGACAGACUACCGCAAGAUCCCGAGACCGCCCUCGGGCGUGUACCACACCCCGCUCGACGCGCACGCGACCUUCCACGCCGAGAAGUGGUUCCGCUUCCUCGGCGACCCGGAGAACCCGGAGCCGCAUCCGGAGGUGCAGAACGUCUGGGGCCGCGAGAUCCACGUGCCGCGCGUGAGCGGCCGCUGCGCGUGGUUCACCUUUGACGAGCUCAUCGGCAAGGCCACGUCGGCGGCGGACUACCUCGAGCUGGUGCGCAACUACGACGCCUUUGUCAUCACCGACUGCCCCGGCAUGACGUACCGCCAGCGCGACCUCGCCCGACGCUUCAUCACCUUCAUCGACGCCGUGUACGAGUCGCACGCGAAGCUGGUGCUGACGACGGAGAAGCCGCUGACGGAGCUGUUCGUCUCCCGCGCCGAGCUGGAGGAGUCGUUGGAGAAGCAAGGGAAGAAGGACGAGGCCGGACAGCAGCAGAGCGGCGGUGAUACCGCGGCGGCGACGCAUCUCCUGGAGGACCUGGACCAUAAUAUUGAUUCCAUCAAGGGCAUGUCGGGCCUGUUCUCGGGAGACGAGGAGGCGUUUGCGUUUGCGCGCGCGCUGUCGCGUCUAAGUCACAUGGGCAGCAAAGAGUGGGUUGAGCGCGGUAUGGGGUUGGAGCAGCAGGGCGGCAAGAAGGAGCGCGACGACUGGGCCAAGGUCCGGAGUCGGCAGAUGGAGGACAGCAUGUAG